CCCCUUCCCCCCCCCCCUCCCCACCCACGCCCUCCCCGCCAGCGAGAGCCGCGGGACAUUUUAUGUUUCUUUUCCUCCUCGGGGGGCGUGUGGAUUUUUUCCCUUCUCGCCCGCAGAAAGCGAGCGAGCGUUUCCGAGUGCGAGCGGCGCGACUUGCCCCAGUUUUCAUGCGAGGUUUUGGGUCAUGAUCACAUCGCCCUCGCUUUCUGCUCUCAGAAGUAGUAAGCGCAGCAGCAGCCUGAGCGAGCCCGGAGGCAGCCCCCGCCGCAGCCGCAGCGCCGCCGACCUCAGUGCCGGGCCGACCGGGCACGCUGGGAGCCCCGGUAGCGCCGCCGCCAAGCCCUGCUUCCACGCCGUCCCCCCCUCGGACCCGCUGCGCCAAGCCAACCGCCUGCCCAUCAAGGUGCUGAAAAUGCUCACGGCGCGGACCGGCCACAUCCUACACCCCGAGUACCUGCAGCCUCUCCCCUCCACGCCCGUCAGCCCCAUCGAGCUGGAUGCGAAGAAAAGCCCUCUGGCCCUUUUGGCACAAACUUGCUCGCAGAUAGGAAAGCCGGACCCGUCCCCUUCCUCCAAACUCUCCUCGGUCACCUCCAAUGGCUCCGGAGGCGACAAGGACUCCAAGUCGGGCCCCCUGAAGCUCAGCGACAUCGGCGUGGAGGACAAGUCGAGCUUCAAGCCCUACUCCAAACCGGGCGCGGAGAAGAAGGAGCCGGGGGCGGCAGGCUGCGCGGGCACCCCCGCCGCGGGGGUCGCGGCCGGGGAGAAGUCGGGAUUCCGGGUGCCGAGCGCCACCUGCCAGCCGUUCACCCCAAGGACAGGCAGCCCCAACUCCAGCGCCUCCGCCUGCUCGCCCGGACUGCUGCCGGCCGAGGGCAAAGGCGGGGAGGACAAGAAGGACUCGGAGAGCUGCGGCAAGAGCGGCGGCUCCGGCGCGGAGGGCGGCCCAGGCUCCGGCGGCAUCGGCCACGGCCGGAUUAGCGUGAGCUGCGCCGGGAUUAACGUGGAGGUCAACCAGCACCAGGAGAGCGCGCCGGGCUCCAAGCCCAUCGCCUCGGACUCCGCCUCCUCCUGCAGCAGCACCACCGCCACCUCCUCCGCCUCCGUGCUGGGCUCCGGCCUCGUGGCCCCCGUCUCCCCCUACAAGCCGGGCCAGACCGUCUUCCCCCUGCCUCCGGCGGGCAUGAGCUACCCGGGGACGCUGGCCGGGGCGUACGCGGGCUACCCGCCGCAGUUCCUGCCGCACGGCGUGGCGCUGGACCCCACCAAAUCCUCCAGCCUGGUGGGGGCCCAGCUGGCGGCCGCGGGCAGCCUGGGCUGCAGCAAGCCGGCCGGCUCCAGCCCGCUGGCGGGCGCGUCGCCGCCGUCGGUGAUGACGGCGAGCCUGUGCCGAGACCCGUACUGCCUGAGCUACCACUGCGCCAGCCACCUGGCCGGCGCCGCCGGCGCCUCCUGCGCCCACGACCAGGCCCUCAAGUCCGGAUACCCCCUGGUGUACCCCACGCACCCCUUGCACGGCGUGCACUCCUCGCUGACCGGCGCCACGCCGCCCUCGCUGGCCGGCCAUCCCUUGUACCCCUACGGCUUCAUGCUCCCCAACGACCCCCAGCCGCACAUCUGCAACUGGGUGUCGGCCAACGGACCCUGCGACAAGCGCUUCGCCACCUCGGAGGAGCUGCUUAGCCACUUGCGGACCCAUACUGCCUUCCCGGGCACCGAUAAACUCCUCUCCAGCUACCCCAGCUCCUCGUCGCUGGCCAGCGCGGCGGCCGCGGCCAUGGCGUGCCACAUGCACAUCCCCACCACGGGCGCCCCGGGCAGCCCGGGCACGCUGGCGCUGCGCAGCCCGCACCACGCUCUGGGACUCGGCAGCCGCUACCACCCGUACUCCAAGAGCCCGCUGCCCACCCCCGGCGCGCCCGUGCCCG